AGUGAGCCAACAGGUCCUGUUCUUGCUGGUCUGAGUGGAGGACAUCCUAUCCCAGGCUGGCAAUUCACUAAACGCUUGGAACCAAGUUCCAGCUUGUCAUGGAAGUCAGACCUAUUGGGUGGAUCUGUGGACAGGUGGUGAAGAACUUCUCUGGAAGAUUUGAGGGGCUCCAGAAGGCAAUCAUGGACCUUAUAGAUGAGUUUAAAGAUGAUCUUCCUACCAUCCUAAGAUUAUCACAGUCUAACCAGAAAAAAGAUUCAGUGCAGAAAACAUCUAAGGUCAAAAUGGCCCUUGCUUUAGCCAAGAUCAACCGUGGAACAUUAAUUCAAGGGUUGAACAGGAUAUCCAGUUCCUCCAAAUCGGUGGCCAAGCUUCUGCAGCCACAGCUGGCAUGCAGACUCUUAGAACUGAGGAACAUAUCUCACAGGCUGCUGAGAGAAGUGAAUGCGCCAAGGCAACCCCUGAAUAGCAUACAGGUCAGAAAAGGUUCUUUGUUUGAAAUCAUUUCUUUUCCAGCAAAAACUGCCUUAACUAGCAUAAUGUAUGCUUCUUAUGCAGCGCUAAUUUAUUUGGCAGUCUGUGUUAAUGCUGUGCUGGCAAAGAUAAAGAACAUUUUCCAAGAAGAAGAAUCCAUAAGGCAAAAUAGAGAGAGCAAGAAUUUUAGAAAAGCCUUCUCUGAACCCGUGCUCUCGGAGCCCAUGUUUUCUGAAGGUGAAAUCAAAGCGAAACCUUACAGGUCACUGCCAGAGAAGCCAGACCACCUCUCAGAUCAACCCAAGCCUCCUGCCAGCAUGCAGAGCAACAAGAUCCAAGUUCUACAUUCUGUAUUUGACCAAUCGGCUGAAUUAAAUGAAUGAGAAAUAUGGACAAAAAUACCACUUUAGAGAGCUCAAUAGUUACCUAUCCACAGGUAAAUUUCAUCAGACAUUCCAAUUUAUGUAAGCUGAAUGCUCUUUUAAGAAGGGACACAGAAGGGAAACUAUGACAUCAUUCUCUGGUAUUUAAAUGAAAUAGAAAAUAAAAUGAAUCUUGAUGU